AUGGCGUACGUCUCCUCCGUGCUGCUGUGCCUUGCGGUGUACUACUACUGCAGUUACCAGAUCAAGAAGAAAAACGACCUUACCGUACUCAAGUUUGUCAAGGCAAAGAGCCCUAUGUCUCAAGAGCCAGGUGAGCUGAUUACGACCACCCACAAGGACUACGACAUGGCCGAAGUUAGCAAGAGCAUGCGCGGUAUUCUGAUGGGCUGCGGUCUUCUUGCCUUCAUGCAUCUUUACAUGGGCUACACGAACCCGUACGUAUUUUUUUUUACGACUGACCGCAGCCUUGUGAUCCAGAGCAUUUUGCCUGUUAAGAACGCACUGGAGUCGAACAUGGCCAAAAUCUGGGUUUGGGGCGUGCCUGCUACUGGCGAGCUUAAGCGUCCGUUCAAGCCUGCGCCUGGUCUUUUUGGCGGUGCAGGCGGUCCUCAGACCGACAAGGCGUCUGUGCAAGAGGCCGAAAAGGUUACCGCCGUGGUUCAGCCGAAGACAGAGUAA